UUUCAUCACACAUCACACAUCACGCAUCACGCAUCACACCUCACUCCCACUCCUCACGCUCACUCCAGGGUCUCCAUUCUUUCUUGCUUGAUUCUGCGUCUGCUGUCUUGAAGCCACAAGCACACCGGCUGUUCAUCGACGAACCCUAGAAGAAGCAAGUGUCGUAUAGCCCUGUCAAGAGCCAUUGGCCGUCAGCACACACGUACACACACGCGCAAAGCACACCCUUGGCACAAGAUUGUUCUGGCCCUCCAUCGCGUCCUGUCCUUCGUGCCACCUUAGAGAGAUCGGAGUACAGAACCAAGCCACCUAAAACGUGGCCUCGAAGACUCAAAGGGCCUCGACUAGACUGAUCACCGUCACCCUUAUCUUGGAAACUCGUGGCUUUGAUUCACCCUCCCCCCGAACACUCACAUCUCCAGCGGCCAAGCCAGCCUCGUGGCCUUCGCCAUCGGAAUCUAUUCUCGAACACCGUCGCGAAGCCAAUCGCCUGAUCCACCUCCUGUCUUCAUCCCUUGCUUGCCCUUCUUCUCCCGCCAGAGCAAGUUAGGGUUAGAACCGCUCUCGGACAGCCAACCGUCUUCGCGCCACCAGCGUCCUCAGUGGGCACGCAGCUACCCUCCCUUGAGCCCAUUCUUCCCGAGCCCGUCCCAUCGUCACUUGCAGCUCAUCUCCCGCCAUGUUGUCGGAAGAGUUUUACUCGUCCAUCUGCGGCCCGCCUAUUGCGGCAAACACGGCCGUUUCCAAGGAUGUCGGCAUUUACGCCCACACGCUCAGCCCCAGCUACGCCGUCAAGUCGACGCUCAAGAAAAGUGCAGCCCCGCCUAAUUGUCUGGCUGUCGGCGACUCGCACGUCUUCGCCGCCCAGCACGAGAAGUCCCAGGUCCAUGUCUACUCGAGGUCGCGCGGCAUCCAAGAAACGACUGUCACCUUCCCCGAGCGCAUCCGCAGCUUGGCAUUGAUAGGCGAUGUCUUGGCGUUAGGGACUUCCGAAGGCAGACUGAUGUUGUGGGAGACGUGCACCGGCCGCCAGCUGACCACGCCGCCCUGUCAUGUCCAGGCCGUUUCGUGUUUGGCCGUCACACCCCAUCACAUCCUCACCGGCUCCCAAGACUCCAACAUUCAUGUGUGGACGUUGUCUCGUCUCCUGGAGCCAAACGCCUCCAUUGACAGUGAGCCCGACCGCACCCUCUCCAACCAUAGGGCUGCCAUCACCUCGCUCGCCAUCAGCCCGAGUGUCAACCCGGAAACCAACCUUUGCGUCUCGUCGAGCAAAGACAAGACUUGCAUCAUCUGGAACUAUCAAACGGGUGAGGUUCUGCGCACUCUGUUGUUCCCCGCGGCUCCGCUCUGCGUUUCCAUGGAUCCCUGCUCUCGUGCCGUUUUCGUUUCAUCCGAGGACAGGUCCCUUUACCUCGUAGAGUUGCUCGGCGAGAAGCCGCUCAUUGGCCCCAACAGCGCUGAAUCAUCUUCGACUGUUGUGCAAGUCACCUCACCAAUUGGCAUCGCCGAUGAAGACGCUGGCCCGGCCUCGUGCUUGGCGCUGAACUAUGAUGGCACCACGGUUUUGUCCGGCCACACCAGAGGCAAGAUCUUACAAUGGCAAUUGACGGAGAACAGCCACCCUACAGAGUUGACUGACCUCAAUGCCUCUGUAACAAACUUGGUGUUUCCGCCGCUGCUGCAAGCACCCCGAUCCACAAAACCUGCUGCAGUCAUUAAGCCCGCUCAGGCCGAGCGGCAGUACACCUUUACGUCUCAGCUGAACACGAGCCUCGAACAAGAGACGAGGUUUGCCAAGAUGCUCAAUGGCUUUGGCGUGCCCAGCGAAAUGCUGGAGUCGGCUGUUCUCUCGUUCCAUGAGGCUCAGGCACAACCUCUUACGGAAGAAGACGAGGAGACGCAGCAGCAUACCGACGAGCUGUGGGACAUAAUCAGCGAGCAAAGGGCAUUACAGAAGCUGGCUAUGCAGCCGUAUCUGGAAGCCAAAUCGGCUCGUACCUGAGGGAGCGUUUCAGCUUUCCUGCACCCGGAUUCCGGACGGCGGCUCGAGCCUUCAAUUGACCUUAUCCAAACAAUCUUACUUCCUAUUCGCUUCCCGAGUCAUUUAAGCACAAUCGUCGGAAUCGCAUUUUACUCUGAGCCAAGAAAACAAAAAAUUCAAAAAAGAGAAGACAAAAUGUGAAGCCUGAUCAUCCAUCUCGCAUGGCCAGUACGAAUCGGCCGUGGUCAUCAAUCGCUUAACACAAUGGCAGGCACUUGCAGUUUCCAGAGAAGUCCGUCCCAAAAUAUGAGACGAUUGUUUAGAGGUUCCCUCGCGCCUCAAAGCUGAACCUUCGGUUAUCGGCUUCUUGGUGUUCUGUGUCUCUGACAUGGCUUCUCCCCUGGCCCGGUCUGACAGUGACAAGACCUGCUCGCACCGCGGUGUCGUUCCCCGUCUCGGGUCUCCGGGAGGUGGGAGAAACUGCACUUGUUAGAGGUGUUCCCUCCUUUGCCACAGGAUCCCAUGCGCUCAGGCUGCCGUUCACCAAAGUGUUCGUUUUGGGUUGUCAACCACCAGACAAGCAACCCACAGGAUCGUAUUGAAACCGGUUUCGCAUUCGUCGUGUCUGGAGCUGGUCCCUAGCGUCAGUGGAUGG